AGAAGGGGAACGUCAAAAAACUGAAAAUGAAGGCUUCACUGUGAUAGACAAAUCAAGAGAGAGAGAGAGUGUGUGUGUGAAAAUGACGAAGGAGAACUUGGAAAAACACAUUAAGAAGCAGAUGGGAUGCAUGACAGGUUUCCUUCAAAUCUUCGAUCGUCACCACCAGAUGAUCGCCGGAAAACGCAUCUACUCGCCCAAAAGGCUCCCUCCUUCUCCGCCUCCGGAAACUCAUUCGUCGCCUGAAACAGACAUAUGCGAUGGAUCUCCGGCGGAAUCAUCAUCACCGGAGACAGAGAUAGAAAAAACUCAAGCUGUAAAGUUGUCUCCUCUUCUUCCACUUCCAGUUUUGCAAUUCAAUGAAGGAACGAGGUCUUCCUGGAAGUUCUCCAGAGAAUCUCCGAGACUAUCGUUGGAUAGCAGAGCAGUUGUGGAUGCCAAAGGAACCUUCCACCCGAGAGAGGCGGAUAAGCAGCAGCAACUGCAGCGGCGAUCCACCACCAGUGUCGUUGCAAGGCUCAUGGGGCUUGAGGAUUCGGAUCCUCAGCUACGAAGAUCCGCUUCCGAAUCCAGGGUUUCCAGAGAUCUACCCCAACAGUAUCGUUUCUUCGACACCACCAACAACUUCCAGUUAAAGCAACAGCAUGUUGAUAAUAAUAAUGGCAGAGCCUCAGAUCCAAACGCGAAAGCAGAGCCUGCAAGGGGAAUAAGACAAAAGAAGAGUUUCUACGAUUCCGCUGACUUUUUCCCAGACCCGAAGCACAGUGUUUCUGUGUACGGAGAAACGAAGCUGCGAGGGAUCGAUGAACCUUCCAAGGAUCUCGACACUAUGAAGCAAAUCCUCGAGGCCUUGCAGCUCAAGGGCCUUUUGCAUUCCAAUAAAUCCGUAACUCAAACCAACCACAGGAACUUCGUCUUCGACGGAACCAUAUCCGGGAACGAUUCUCCCAUUGUUGUUAUGAAGCCCGCAAGAUCUUCCGGUUUGUUUAAUCGAACCGGAAAUGAUUCUCAACCAGGACCUCGAGCUCGCCGCAACAACGAAACCCUUCCUGCUAGACCGGAAACAGAUCGAAAUGCCAGAGGCAGAAAUGUGAACUCGCCCACGCGCAGCCCGAACCGGAUGAGGAAAGUGAAUGAUGGUGUUGAACCCAGAACCGGAGUUUCUCAUACUCCGGUUCAUUCAUCCAAGUUAAACUCGAGAAGCAAUGGACCUGGUCAGCAAGUAACAAGUAGAUCGCCGAGGAUGAGAAAAGCGGUCACUUAUCAAAAGGAGGAGAAGUUGAUGGUUAUGGCAGAGGAUGAAUCAUCCAACGUUUCAGAAAGCAGCUUCAGCAUUUCUUCAUACACCGAUACAGAGAGGUUUAAGAUGGAGGAAUACAGGGAAGGGAAGAAUCUGUUGCAGAGGUGUGAUGAGCUGCUGAACAGCAUAGCGGAAAUGACGGCAGCGGCGGAGCAACAACCGAGUCCAGUAUCGGUACUUGACUCGUCGUUUUACAAGGACGAGUCGUCGAACUCACCAUCCCCGGUAAUGAAACGGUGCAUUGAUUACAAAGAUCAAGCAGCGGAGUCAGAAGAUGAUGUGUGGAGUGCAGCUUGGUGUUGCAGCGAAGCCAUGUCCGAGGAUAGCGAUUUCGUUUAUGUUUCGGAAAUACUGCAUGCUUCUAAUUACUUGCUGGCAGACAGCGACCUUUUUCUGUUACUGGAGAAGCGGCAGUACCUCAAGGGGAACGACACCUCCAGGAGCUCCACUUUCCAAAGACGGUUGAUCUUCGACACCAUUCACGAGAUCCUCGACCGGAACCGGCGUUUUCCGCCGUGGAAGGCGGUUUCCUGGGCGGAGAACACGCAGCUGUUGCGUCGGAUCUGGUCGGAGUUUCGGAGGAUCCGAGAUAGGGAGGAGUCGGAGGACCUGUUCGCGGUGAUAUGCGGUGUGUUGAGGAAGGACAUGGCGGAGGACGCCACCAUGAAUGAAUGGGGAGAAUGCCCCGUGGAGAUGGGGGAUGUAGUGCUGGACAUCGAACGCUCCGUAUUCAAAGAUCUCAUCGUCGAAACCAUUCGAGAUCUCGCGUCGUUUAAGGGACAAAGACAACGUAAUAAAAUCGCGGCGCUUCGUAGGAAGUUGGUGUUUUGAAACUAGAAUUAGGGAGCGAAAGGAAAAAAAAAACAAAACAAAACAAAAAGGAAAAGGAAAGCGAAGUGAACAAAUAACACAUGAAAAUAAGGAGGUUGCUUUGUUCACAUUUUUCGCUCGCUCGCUUCUUUAACUUUGUUUGCUAGCAACUUGCAGAGGCAUGUUUUACGCUCCUUUCUAAGUAGUACUCUACUCUCUACUCACUACU